AUGAGCAUCGAGACAAUCACAUGCAGGGAAUCUACAACUAAGUCGGCUUGUCGUGACGACCGCCCAACCCAUCGAGAAAGAUUCUUUUUGCUGUCGUGCGAUGAGAGAGAGCAAGACCGACUUAAUUUUCUCCAUAAGGUGUUCUCUAUCGCCAGACGGUCUGAUGACCUUAUUCAUGUUCCUCACCUGGUGAAGGGCAGGGUCUUGGACCUAGGCUGUGGGACGGGAAUAUGGGCUAUAGACGUGGCUGAAAGAUAUCCAGAAAUGUUUGUCGUGGGAGUUGACCUUUCUCCAACCCAGCCUGAUCGGCAUCCUCCCAACUGCGAAUUCUACGCCCCAUUUGAUUUUGAACGCCAGUGGGAGAUGGGAGAGGAUUCAUGGGAUGUGAUGCACCUUAGAAUGGGAUGGGGUAGCGUGUCAAAUUGGCCCAGUCUCUAUCGGAGGAUCUUCGCACACCUGCGCCCGGGUGGCUGGUUUGAACAGGUCGAGAUAGACUUUGAGCCACGUAUUCUGACCAGUUCCUCUGAGCACUUGCCACUGGGACAGUGGUACCAAGCCUUCGAGUAUGCCACCGCGCAGACUAUGCGGCCAUUAACUCACAAUCCUCCAGAGACAUUCGGCUUCUUGCAGACCGCUGGCUUUGCAGAGAUCUGUCACCAAACAAUCCAGUUGCCAUUAAACCAAUGGCCGCCCGAUCCCCACCAACGAGAGAUCGGUCGCUGGUACGGCCGGGCGUUCCUGCAAUUGAUUGAAGCGAUAGAUCUCGGCUCUUUGAAUCGCACCCAUGGACUCAUUACCCAGGCCAAACUAGAAGCAUCCGAUCGGAGUAUUCACACCUUUCAUGUGUUGCAUGUAUACAGAGCCCAAAAGCCUCCGUCGGCUAGGUCCUGUUCGUCCUACAAAUGCCGGCGUCACGAGCAAACAUAUGUGGAGCGCUGAGUAGAAAGAAGGUUUAAUAAAAAAAGCAAUGCUUAGUUUACGUGGCGC